UCUCAGUUUUACUUGCUCCUGCAGAAAUGUCACAUUCGAAGCCGCUGCUCAUCCCGUGGCUGCGAACUCAGAUCGACAGCGGCAGGUAUCCUGGUGUCCAGUGGACGAAUCCGGAACAGACAGAGUUCUCCGUCCCCUGGAAACACGCGUUGAGACAGGACUCCUCCGACACUGACAUUCUCAUCUUUAAGGCCUGGGCUGAGGUGAGCGGCAAUGGUCGGGCUCAUGGAGACGCCUCGGUCUGGAAGAGGAACUUCCGCAGCGCCCUGCGAUCAAAAGGCUUUAAAAUGGUCAACGACAAAAAGAACGAAACCGCCGACCCCCACAAAGUGUUUCACUGGCCGGACGAGUCAGCGUCAGGAGCUUCUUCCAAGUCUUCGCCUGGAACCCUCGACAAAGAGGACCCUGCUUUGUUUGAGAAGUGCGGCCUCCCCAUACAGGAGAGCCAGGACAUCACGUGCUUUGACGACUGCCUCUACCUUGCAGAAGAAACUGUGUUUGCAGUGCCCACCAUCAACCAGGAUAUUCUCCAGGAGUGUCUGAACGAACUGCACAUUGGUCCUGAGACAGAGGGAACCACAGCCUUUGAGCCUGUUCCCGAGCAACAGCAGCUGCAGGAAGAGGUGGUGAUUGGUGGAUAUGCGUUGCCCGGGCAACAGCAGUAUCCAGUAACGUUGGAGGGUGCGGGCAGUGAAACUGGGUUGCCUGAGCAACCGGCACAUCCAGCGGGGGGAGCUGUAGGAGGGGCCUGUGGUGGGCAGCUGGUGGAGCAGUUCCUACACACCAUGAACCAGAGCAACGACGGAGAUCAUUUCAAGACACAGUUCAGGGUGUCGGUGUACUACAGAGGGCUGAAGGUGAUGGAGCACGAGGUUGUGAAUGAAGCUGGGCUCCGCUUAGUCUACAGCCCUGAAGUCACAGGGACACUUUUGGACAAGGAAUCUGGCCUGACCAUGGUGUUCCUGCCGGCUCCUGGAGCCAUGUCGGAUCAAACUCAAGCCAAACUGACCCGACGCAUCCUGGACAAGCUGGGCGGCGGUUUGGACGUGGGCGUGUCCGGCUACGUGGUCUACGGCCAGCGACGGGGUGAGAUCAAAGCGUUUUGGAGCUUCUCCAAAUUUGAUAGCAGCCAACAGCCUCAGGAGAUCUCUAAACUGCAGCCGCAGCCGCUCUUCAUGUUCAAGGACUUUGUGCGAGGAAUUAUGGACUUCAUCAAUGGGAGAGACUGCCCCCCCUGCUCCCUGUUCUUCUGCCUCGGGGAGAAGUGGCCUGACCCAGACAACAGGCCUUGGGAGAAGAAACUCAUCACAGUGGAGGUGGUGCUGACUUCAAUGGAGAUGCUGAAGAAACUCGCCAUCGGUGGUGGCGCCUCCUCCCUGCAGUCUGUGGAGUUGCAGAUGUCCCUGGAAGAGAUGAUGGAGAUGUGCUGACGUACUUCGUGAUGCCUGAGGAAAGGCAUUGUUUACCCCUUGUUUUCAUGUCAUCCUUAACCUUGAAGAGAACAUCUCAGAAAGCCAGUGGAACAGAUCAUGAGCUGAUAAUAAUGGUGUUUGCUGUCCAUGUAAAGAUUUCAAGCAAAUACAUUGAAGGGGAAGAUAUUUGAAGCACAUUUAAACGUAUAUACAUGUUAACCCUGUCAUGUAAAAUAAUGAGACAGUGAUCAGGAUGGAUUUUGUUAAUACUGGGUGCUGUGUUUUUCUUAAAAAUAAAGAUAACAUUGUUUCGUCAAUUGAAGGAGAUCUAUCAAUCAGCUGCACACGUAACCAGUGACUCAUGCUGCGUUCAGCUCCGGCAAAUAAUGUGUUUACUGAAAUACAUGCAGUCCAGCUUCAUUUUGUGCUGUACAGCAGAUUUGACUCUAAAGAGAUUUGAUUUCUUGAAAUGUGAAAUGAUCGUUAGGUAUUUUUGUUUACAUGGUUGAUGCAAAUGUUUCAGAAUAAUAAAUGGUUAUGAA